UCCAUCCCCAAAGAAAAAGACGAUGCUAGGAAGAAGGGAUUGUCCAGGAUUUAAAAUGAAGGAGCCCCACUUUAGCCUCGGCAGAAACUACCGGGGCAACAUUUUUCCAGAUCUGGCGAGCUGUGGUGGUCAAUGCGUUCCAUGAGAAUGUACCGAAGCAACGCGACUUCCCGCACAACGUCACAACGCUCACAUCCAUCAUGCAUAAGGGGUUUCUUACCUACCAUGGAGGACCAGUCGCAAUCAGAUAUCAUCAAAGCAAAUCCAGUCGGACGUGGUCUUUCUACCUUUCAAGAUCUCUUUAAUUCCAUCUGCAAAGAUGCAGAUCCUGUCUAUGACCAGCACAUUCUAAACCAGCUGAGCGAAGAAGAUCUUCAGAACCUUGCUCUCGUUCUUCUCUCAUCACUUCAAGUCCUUCCGGCUGCCCGAUUACUCCAUUCCAAACGCGGAAGAGCAUUCUUUGUCGAAUUGUCAACCCUAAACACGAAGAUCACGAGCGAAGACUUCGACCUCCAGUGCAUCAAACCUCUCCUGAAGGCUGCCCUCGCCGAUGACCCUGACGAUGGGCUGAUUUGGCGUCAAAUCAACAACCUCGUUAUCGAAGCUACCCCACCGCCCCGAACGACAGCGUCUUCACUUCAACAAACUCCCUGGCUGCACAAUACAAGCAGUUUUAUAAACUCGUCCGAACACCGCAGAUAUGUUGACGGUAUACUAAAGGAGGAGCUCGGCACUAUGUAUGUCGGGCUUCCCGGCUUUCGAGACGCAUACUUCGGAAGUGUGGCUGGACUUGAGGCAGCGUCCAAGAUGUUUUUCGAUCAGUGCCUCAAAGGGAGCGAUCUUGCCUUCCAAAACGGCUGGCGGGGAUGGCCCCAGGAUGCAAACGAGAAAAGCGUGCUGGAGUGGCUUGCGAACUUCGUGAGGAAGCUAGCGCUGUUUACAAACACCCAGAAGCCAAAUACGACACGUCAACGAGACCUCCUAGCACAGCCUAACACGCCGAUGCAGGGUUCCACAGCAGAUCGCAAAUUGGAUGUUGGGUUUGUUGACAACAUGAAGCCUGACCAAGAGCCUCGAUACUACUGGAAGCAGAUACUGGUACCUGGAGAACUCAAGAGCAACCCGUCUGCUGACACAGCCUCCAAGUCGUGGCUCGACCUCGGGAGAUAUGCGAGGGAAGUGCUCGCUGCACAGGACAGCCGACGUUUUGUCCUGGGCUUUACACUCUGCGGAUCCCUCAUGAGGGUCUGGGCAUUUGACCGGCUUGGAGCUAUUGCGUCCGAUCAGUUCGACAUCAAUAAAGAUGGGCAGCAAUUUGUAUCCACGAUACUUGGGUUUCUCUGGAUGGAUGAAGAAGCCCUAGGAUUUGAUCCGACGGUCAUGACAAUGAACGGCGAACGCUUCAUUGAGAUUGAGAGGAAUGAUUCCAAAGAGGGGAUCGUUAUUGAUGGGAUAAUCCUACGAGCGCGCUGUGUGGCUGGCCGGGCCAGCACUUGCUGGAAAGCACAUCCCCAAGGGCACCCAGAAACGCUACUUGUUGUCAAAGAUUCAUGGCAAUACCUUGAACGCGAUGAGGAGGGUGACCUCUUGCGUGAGGUGACAGACAAAGGCGUCGUGAAUGUGGCUCGGUAUUAUUAUCACGAAACAGUCCAGGUUAACGAGAAAAACGAUGACAUCUGGAACAAUGUUCGGCACGGUCUAGAUGUCACAGCAGCAACCAACUACAGGCCACGACAACAGAUACAACCAAGAAACAUAGCAAAAGAUACCACAAGGAAGGGCCGCAGCAGCACCAGUCAGAAGCGUCCAUCCAGCCAAACCGAGUCCACGUUGCCCCCAAGCAAGCGAUCCUGCUCCGUGUCUCCAACAAAGGCUACAAAUAUGCCACCAAAUCGGGUUCAUCGGCGCAUCAUUCUUAGGGAUUAUGGCAAGCCUAUUUACAAGGCAAGCUCUCGAUCAGCACUACUUGCUGCCCUAGUAGGCUGCAUUGAAGGCCAUGAGUCUUUGUACAAGGACAGUAGCAACCCAUCGUGGCCUGCGUUCUUGAUCGACCUUGACCUCGCCAUUCGGGAGCAGCGAGAGGGUGCUUCGGGUGCCAAAGGAAAGACCGGCACGAGGGCCUUUAUGGCUAUUGGGGCGUUACUAGGCGAGCAACAUUCGUUCAUGCAUGACCUAGAGUCGUUCUUCUGGGUCCUGUUUUGGAUAUGCAUUCAUUAUGAUGCAAGUGGCAAAGAUGUUGGGCCAACUGAGUUUGACAAUUGGAACUAUGAAAGCGACAAUAACUUAGUGAGGGCUAAAAAGGGUGAGAUUACUGAUGAGGAAGAUUUCAUCCAAAAUGCAGGCAAGUACUUCACUGUACACUACCAGCCUUUGAUACCAUGGGUCAAUAGGUUACGCAAGGUGGUGUUUCCAAGUGGUGAAAGGUGGAAAAGGCUGGAGACUAGGCUCUAUUGGUCAAUGAAGAAGGUUCUUCAAGACGCACAGCAGGAUACAGGGGUGACGGCAGGCGGAUAGUGUACAGUAUAGCUGAUCACCAUGGCUCAGAAGCAAGUUAACCUGGUAAUCCAUAUGUAGCCAGGUGCCCAUGUUUUCUUUGUCUCUUCUCUUCUUUCCUGCGAUUUACUCGUGUCGGAUUGGAAGUCCAAUUCGACCGCGAGUAAGGGCAGGGCAUGGGCCACCUCGAGGGAGUACAAUUAGACCUCGACUACCCACCCAACCUCCGGUUGGAAUCUCCCUUCUACUCCUUACGCAGAAUCAAUCAAUACAGAGAUAU